UCUCGCGGCAGUUCAGACCUCGUGCUUGUCCCCCUAGCCUCUGUCUGUGUGUGGUAUCCGCAAGGUCCGGGGUACUUUUUUUUUUUUUUUUUUUUGGUGUGAGUGUAUGUACGUGUGUGUGAGUGUGUGUUUUGGGGGUUAGUAGAGGAAGAGGAAAGGAGAGGGGCCGAGUGGAAAGCCACAGAGCUCUCUUGUCUUGCCGGGUCUUUCCUCUUGAGCGUCUCCCGUUUGCCCGUCCUCCGAGGCAGCAGCAAGAGGGCUUUCUUGUCUUCGGGAUUUGCCAUUCUCUGGCUUUGAGGAGAGCGAAUUUUUUCCCAGAGUGGACCCUGGCUAGUUCCUUCCUGCGCCUGGUGGAGUUAGGAUGCCAAGCAGUUGAAUCGUAUCUACUUAGAAGCGGCUUUUCUCCAGCUCCGGGAAGGGAAUUGAAGCCACAGCCACCGCGGAGGAGCAGCUGGGUUCUCCGAGGGGGGUGGGGGGAGGGUGGUCAAACGGCCUGAGCUGAGCUGCUGUCCUCACUCCUCUGCACUCUCACCGCCUCAACUCGCCACCUUGGUCUUUCCUAAUUCAUCCUUUCUCCCCUGGGAGGGUUUUCUUCGGAGCCAGCCCGGAGCCCGGCUACGUUGGGGAUCUUGUGAGCGCUCGGGUUGGUGGAGCUGUCUGGUCGUGGCCCCCUCCUAGCCCGGCGGCGGUGAUACGGAGGAGGGGGUAGAGGAGGUCCGUAGUAACUGCAUCCACUGGUCUUGGGACUCCAACGCAGGACACCGCACCCUCCCCCGGUGAAUCCGCGGGGAGGACAAGGAUGUCUACGAACCCCCCGAGUCUGACUCCCUCUUCGCACUCGAGGGAAACCGGGCGGCUGCUGGCGGCGGAGCCCUAGCUAGACAAAGACAAGGAGACCCCCCCCCCCCAUUCCCCACCACUAGCAAGCUCGGCCCCGGCCUCCCCAUUCGCCUUCUGGAAGGACUUUUUUUUUCCUUAAUUUUUCCUUGGCUCUUUGUUUCUACUUGUGCCUGCUUCCCGAGCUUGAGAUAUUGUUCCGAGAGUGGGGUGGGGGGGGCGGGGGAAACCACUCAAUUUCCCUGCCGCCCCCUGGUCCGGCUUUCCCCGCUCCCCAUCUCCCUCACCUCCCCGGGUUCAGGUCUCUGUGCUUCAACCGACUCUCGCAGAAUCACGACCCCUCCCUGCGAUGUAUCCGCAAGGCAGACAUCCGGCUCCCCAUCAACCCGGGCAGCCGGGAUUUAAAUUUACUGUGGCCGAGUCCUGUGAUCGAAUCAAAGACGAAUUCCAGUUCUUACAAGCUCAGUAUCACAGUCUCAAAGUGGAGUACGACAAGCUGGCCAACGAGAAGACCGAAAUGCAGCGCCAUUAUGUUAUGUACUAUGAAAUGUCCUAUGGUCUGAACAUUGAAAUGCACAAACAGACAGAAAUUGCUAAGAGACUGAACACAAUUUUAGCUCAGAUCAUGCCUUUUCUGUCGCAAGAGCACCAACAGCAAGUUGCACAAGCUGUGGAACGAGCCAAGCAGGUGACCAUGACGGAGUUGAAUGCCAUCAUCGGGGUACGUGGACUCCCCAAUCUGCCUCUCACCCAGCAGCAGCUCCAGGCCCAGCACCUCUCCCACGCCACUCAUGGCCCCCCUGUCCAGUUGCCGCCUCACCCUUCGGGCCUCCAGCCACCAGGCAUCCCUCCAGUCACAGGAAGCAGCUCAGGGCUGCUCGCGCUUGGUGCCCUUGGCAGUCAGGCCCACUUGACUGUGAAAGAUGAGAAAAACCAUCAUGAGCUGGAUCAUAGAGAGAGAGAAUCCAGUGCGAAUAACUCUGUAUCUCCUUCUGAAAGCUUGAGGGCUAGUGAAAAGCAUCGAAGUUCUGCUGACUAUGGCAUCGACUCGAAGAAGAGGAAAGCAGAAGAAAAAGACAGCAUGAGUCGAUAUGAUAGCGACGGGGACAAGAGUGAUGACCUUGUGGUAGACGUAUCCAAUGAGGAUCCAGCCACACCCCGGGUCAGUCCAGCCCACUCCCCUCCUGAAAAUGGGAUAGAUAAAACCCGAGGACUGAAAAAGGAUGCUCCUAAUAGCCCUGCCUCGGUGGCUUCCUCCAGUAGUACUCCUUCUUCUAAGACAAAAGACCUUGGUCACAAUGAUAAAUCCUCUACCCCUGGUCUCAAGUCAAACACACCAACUCCAAGAAAUGAUGCCCCAACUCCUGGAACAAGCUCGACUCCAGGGCUCCGAUCAAUGCCAGGCAAACCAUCUGGCAUGGAUCCCCUAGCUGAUUGCCAAAGUCUCUCACAGUUUGAAGUUCAGUGGAUUCUACCAGAGAAAAUUUCCAAGAGGCCUGAAUUUCAAAGGGAGAUCUUAGCAUCUACUCUCCGGACUCCCAUCUCUAUUGGCUCCUAUGCAACUCCAUUUGCUAUGAUGGGCCAUCAUGAGAUGAAUGGCUCACUCACUAGCCCAGGGGCCUACGCAAGCCUACACAACAUCCCUCCUCAAAUGAGUGCCGCGGCCGCUGCUGCAGCUGCCUAUGGUCGAUCACCAAUGGUGAGCUUUGGAGCUGUUGGUUUUGACCCCCACCCCCCGAUGAGAGCCACUGGACUGCCCUCAAGCCUUGCUUCCAUUCCUGGAGGAAAACCGGCUUAUUCCUUCCACGUGAGUGCUGAUGGCCAGAUGCAGCCAGUCCCCUUUCCCCAUGAUGCACUAGCUGGGCCUGGAAUUCCUCGGCAUGCAAGACAGAUCAACACGCUGAGCCAUGGGGAGGUGGUGUGUGCUGUGACCAUCAGCAACCCUACCCGGCAUGUCUACACUGGAGGCAAAGGAUGUGUGAAAAUCUGGGACAUCAGCCAACCAGGAAGCAAAAGCCCCAUUUCUCAGCUUGACUGCUUGAACCGAGACAACUAUAUCCGCUCCUGUAAGCUCCUUCCCGAUGGUCGCACACUCAUUGUGGGUGGUGAGGCCAGCACACUGACCAUCUGGGACCUGGCAUCCCCAACACCUAGAAUCAAAGCUGAGCUGACGUCCUCUGCCCCAGCCUGCUAUGCCCUGGCCAUCAGCCCUGAUGCCAAAGUUUGUUUUUCGUGCUGCAGUGAUGGGAAUAUUGCUGUUUGGGACCUUCACAACCAAACCCUGGUCAGGUAAGGACAGGAACUAGAUUGUGGCAGCACAGAGAGAUGGACUCUACCACC